AUGUCGCCUCACAAGCAACCCAAGAUGCCGCGCCACAUUGUCAUUGUUGGAGGCGGCGCUGCAGGCAUGUCUUGUGCUGCAACUCUGGCGAACCAUCCAAAAGACUUCAAAGUAACGCUGCUGGAAAAGAACAGCGUCGUAGGAGGACAAGCCACGUCCAUCCCCCUCGACGAGAAACGAUUCGGUGCGGCGUGGAUAAAUAAUGGAGUCCAAGGAGGAUCUCAGAUAUUCAAGCACACCUUCAACUUCUUCAACAAAUAUGGCUUCCCAGCUCAGCCUCUCAACCUCCAAGUCUCCUUCGGCAAAUGCGAAUCCGGCUUCUGGACAAACUGCUUCCCCAGCAAACUCGUCUCCCAGCAUUCCUCCGACAUCAAGCGGUUCGGUCUCUUCCUCAAGGUCAUCAAGUGGACCAUGCCCGUCCUCGGCCUGUUACCCAUCUCCAUCAUGCUCCGCCUCUUCUUCUUCAGCAAGGACUUUGGCGACAAGAUGGUCUAUCCGCUCAUUGCGCUGUUCCUUGGGACGGGGAAUCAGACGGCAAACGUGCCCGCCGCCAUCGUCGAGCGGCUUUUCAACGAUCCGAACAUGAAGCUCUGGGAUUACGAUGCCGACACGCUGCUGCCGAAUCAACCCACCAUGUACUCAUUCGACUGUUUGCACAGCUUCUACGGCAAAUGGAGAGACGACCUGAUAGCAAAGGGAGUAUCCAUCAGAACUGACACCGAGGUCCUAAACAUACCGUCACGAUCCAAGAAAGGUGUCGAUCUCAUCAUCAAAGACAACAGCACCGGCGACGUCACAAACGAACACUUCGACCACCUCGUCCUGUGUGUCCUCGCCGACGACGCCCUACGUAUUCUCGGGAAAUCAGCAUCCUGGCGCGAGAAACUGGUCCUGGGCGGCGCAUCCUUCUACGACGACCUCACCGUCACCCACUGUGACUCUGAGUACUUUACGAUGCAGUACGAAACUCGCUUCAAGCCCGAGCUGUGCGGCGAUCCCAAAUCAGAAGCCCAAUGCCACCAAAUCGCCUCUGCCAAGGGUGACUCUCUUGCUUUUAGUUCUGGUUCUGGCUCUUCCUCUUCGCAGCAGCAGCAGCAGCCUUUCAAUCCCAUGUAUUACACAUACACAUACCAGCAGAACCCGCGCCUCAUCGAAAUGUCCUUCAACUGCAGCAACUACCAACACCAAUUCAAACACAAACAACCAUCUCCCUCUCCAGAAACUCCCUUUGAGCCAGUCUACCAGACAAUAUUCCUCGACAAACGGCGGCGCGACCUUUGGACCAUCGAUGCCAUUGACGAGGCCAAAAUCAUCAAGCGCAACUGGUGGCAUCAGCUCGGCCACCGCUGGCAGCAUUAUGUCCGCGUUGUGCCGGGCGUCAUGUUCCUCCAGGGCCGCAACAAUACCUAUUUCGCCGGAUCAUGGACUUUGGUGAACAUGCAUGAAGUCGCCUGCAUCAGCGGCAUAGCAGCCGCCUACCGCCUCGGCGCAGACUACCAAAAGUUCGACGACUUCGCCCAAGACUUCUUCGUCAAGUACCUCCUGGUCUCCCACGGCAAGCUCUUCUCGCGGGAAGAACGGAAGAGGCAAAAGGAUAAGGCUGAUUAG